GGCUUUGUUAUUUAAUCAACAGAUUGCAAUGUCGCCGAAAGACGGCAACACCGUGGCUCUGGAGAGACGCAUGGAUCUGGCCUCGCUCUUCUGCAUGAUCGGACGGCACGGUCCCGCCGUGGCUCUGGCUGUAAUAGCGAUGGUAUCCGUGCUAGCGGGUUUCAUCAUCUACCGGUCCGUGAGGGGGAAGCGGAGGAAGGCCACGGCCACGGCCGCAGCCGCCGACGGCGACAGCAAGAGCCCGGGAGACGCAUCGGUGAUCCGGCCGGGACUAGAGCCGAGUCCGGAGGAAUCGCACAGCUGCGUGGAGUCAACAGAUGUGAGUGAUGAAGGUUCAUCAGACAUGAAGGAGGACACUGAUUCAUUUCAAAGUGAUCUACAAAUCAGGCAUCGCCGUGCCGCUGCUGCUGCCCCUGCCCCUGCCCCUACUGCUGAGAUACCUCCACCAUACUCUCCUCCUCAGAGUGACAUCCAAAUACCAAACAACAAGCACACCACUUCAGAUGGCACAGAGGAAAUGACAGUUGUGCAGGACUCUGACAAAGUGGCAGAGGCCAGUCCCGACCUGCAACGUGAUACUUACACAGUGGCUGAAAUGGAGGUGGAGGGUGCUGGUGAUUGCCAGCAGGAUGCAACAGAUGACACUGUUAAGGAUGUAAUAGAAGAGGUCCGUGGUAAUGAUAGCUGCUGGAAGGAGCCUGAGCUGAUUAAUGAUGAGAGCCACGAGGAGGAGGAUGAAGUGUUUAAAGCAGAAGAUCAGGAAGAAGAGAAUGUGAACAUAGACAAGGAUGUUUCAGAUGGGAAAACCAGACAAGAGGAGGAAAACUUUCAGUGUGCUUCAAACAAUCAAGUGUACUUCGACCAGGCCCCUCCUAUGAGUGAAAAUGUUGAUGAUGACAGACUACAAGAUAACGAAACCACACCGGAGACACACAGUGUGGAGUCUAACUUGAAAGAGCCUCUUGUUCAUAUCGAAGAUGUACCCAGCACUUGUGUCUGUUAUAGCAAAGAUGAGGAAGUUGAGGAAGAGGAUCACCAUCCAGAUAGUACUGAUUACAGUAAUUAUUCCAGCAAUCGUUUCUCUCCAGAAGAGGAAGAUAAAAAGGAGGGUGAGAAGGCAGAAGGAGAGUGUGUAGUCCAACAGCUAAUUCCUCAACAAGUAGAAAACCUGCCAUCUUCACAGCAGGACCAGUGUGAUGACGUGACAGACAAGGUGACGCCGCCAAUUCGGGAUAGUGAUUGGGAUGAUGAUGGUGGUCUGGCCGGUGAAGUGACUGAGGAAGAUAUAGCUGAAGACCAUGUUCUUACAGCUGCCAAAUUUGACGUCCACCCACCUCAGUCUGAUGAGCAACAACCACAGAUUGAACAGACGACAGACGAAAAUGAUCGUACAAGCAAUCAAGAGGAAGGUGUUCUUCCCACUGUGGCUGAUCAAGAAAACAAUGAAACUGGUGAAUUUGUUGAAAUUGCCCCGCCUUUGGAUAAAGACGCAGAUCUCACUAUUCUUGGCUCUGACUUGCCAUCUAUCGAGAAAGCAAUUCAGUGCGAAAACAAUGAAACUGGUGAAUUUGUUGUGUUGGCUGAAGAAAGUACUGACCUAAAUAACGAAGCCUUUGACAAAUCCAGUGUUGCUGCUGGUCCUGAUACUAUUGAAAAUCUAACUGCUUCUGUAAAAGGUGAAGAAAUGUCUUGUCCUCAUUUGCCAUCCAUCUACAAAGAUGAAAAAAGUGACCAUGUGGAAAUGGUUGAAACUUUUGACGAGACAAUGGUUAGUUCUGCUACCGAUGCAGCCGUUUGUGAUGUUAGUAUUACUACACCUGCUGUGUCUGAAGAAAUAUAUCAUCCUGACAUGCUGUCUUUCUCCCAAGACCAACAAAGCGUCCAAGCACAAAAUAAUGAAGAUUUUUCUGAAUUUACCAUCAGUGUUGCUCCCGAAUUCGAUGUCCACCCACCACAGUCCGACGAGCAACAACGUCAGAUUGAACAAACAGAUGAAAAUGGUCUUACAUGCAAUCAAGAGAAAGGUGCUCUUCCCGCUGUUUCUGAUCAAGAGAGAGAGAAAAAGCUGACUAGUGAAGCCACGGUUCCCAGUGGUGAAGAAUGUGACAGUUCAAGUGUGGUACAAAGCCCUGCUCUGCAUUGUCUGAACCAACCUGUAAAGGUUGAUAACUGUGAUGAUGAUGUGUCUAGAGUCAACACUGAUGCAAAAGCUCAAAUCUCAGGCAUUGUGGAUUUCCCUGAUCUGCCACUGGAUUGUCAACAACCACAAAGUGAAGCGAAAGAUGAAGAAAUCGCCCCACCUUUGGAUAACGACACAGAUCUCACUAUUCUUGACUCUGACUUGCCAUCUCUCGAGAAAGAUGUUCUGUGUGAAAACAAUGAAACCGGUGAAUUUGUUGUGUUGGCUGAAGAAAGUAUUGACCUCCAAAUGAUAAAUAAUGAAGCCUUUGAAAAAUCCAGUGCUGCUGCUGGUCCUGAUACUAUUGAAAAUCUAACUGCUUCCGUAAAAGAUGAAGAAAUGUCUUGUUCUCAUUUGCCUUCCAUCUGCAAAGAUGUUUGUGAUAAUAUUACCAUUACUACACCUGGAAUGUCUGAAGAAACAUCUCGUCCUGACAUGCUGUCUUUCUCCCAAGACCAACAAAGCGUCCAAACACAAAAUAAUGAUUUUUCUGAAUUUACCAUUGGUGCUGCUCCUGUCACGACAGAUGACCUUAACCCUCCCAUGUGUCACAUUCCCUUGCCGUCUUUCGUGCAAAGUGAGUUGAGGGAUAAUGACAAGGACAGCAUGUCAUCUCCCGGUGUUGGAGAAGAGAGCGGGAUUUCAAGCAUGGCGGUCAGCCCUGAUUUGCAUGCUGCUGGUAAUGAGUUUGACUUGACCAUUGAAAAAAUGAUGCUUCCGGUAAUGGAUUGUGAUACACAGUUUGAAGAAAGGACGGAGGCUCAAGAAAGUGUUUUUGCUGCUGGUGUAGUUAUACCUGUCAUUAAUGAGGAUACAUCAGGUAUGGUGUUUGGGCCUUACCCAUCACGUCUCUCCCAGCAACCCCACAGUGAGCACACCGACGACGCUAAGUAUGAGUCAUACGCAACCAAUGAGGACAUGUUUGGCCAUGAGAUUGAGGACAGUUACCACAGAGCAAUGGAGCAGUUCGUGGUGCAGAUUGCAGCAAGCACAGUGAUCUUAACUGAUGACCCGAAAGAGCAAACGGACGUGAAAGCUGUUGUUGAGGUUGUAGAGAUUAAGGAGAAGAAGGAAGGAGGAAGUGUUGCAAAGAAAGUGAAAACUGACGCAGAGAAGCAAAAAGAAGAGGAAUAUGAAAAGACUAACAUCAGUAUCAUGGAGGCAACUAUGGACAAUAACGAAUGGAUCACAGAUAGUAACAACCAAGUCCUUCCCUGGAUGAACAUUUCUGUCCCACCUUUUGCCCAAGACCACACAACAACCGAGCAGCUUCCCACUGAAGAUCUCACAGAUGCUACUUGUACAGACACAGAUACCCCGCCUUCCACUGAAGUCAGACAAACCAGCACUCUCUCCCUCGUUGACGAAAACACUGAACAUAACAAAAAGGUUGUGGCUGUCCAGCCCAUGCCUCAGAACGUCAAUGUGACCUUCCGCAUCCACUAUGUCACCCACUCGCCAUACCAGACGGUGGCUGUCACAGGAAACCAGCAGGAGCUGGGAAACUGGAAGGAAUUUGUCCCACUAGAGAGGGCCAAGGAUGGGCACUGGGCCACGGUGGUCAGACUGCCCACAGAGAGCCAUGUGGAGUGGAAGUUUGUGGUGGUGGACAAGGGAGAGGUGUGUCGCUGGGAGGAGUGUGGCAACCGACUCCUUGAUACAGGCUACGGAGAUGACUUGAUUGUGCACAAAUGGUGGGGAUUCUUGUAGGGGGAGUUUGAGAGGAAAGGGCGGGCAGAGGUGAGAGGAAUUACAUGACAUGAGAGUGACAUGUAUAGUAAGCUUUGGUACUGAAUACUGGACCAGAUAGAAUUCUAAUUUAUAUGUACAUCCCAUCACAAGACCCAAAUGAAUAUAGUAAAUGAAUUAAAUCUAAAAGUAAAUUAGGUGUUAAAUAUGAUACAGUGAAAUAUAAUGGAAUAAAAAUGUCAGAUCUAGGUUAAAACUGGGUUCAAUCUGGUUGAAAAGGGAAACGUUUUUUAGUAUUACAACUGAUAAUUAACCAACAACAAUUUAGAUAAUUGAUAUAUCAUUAUGUUAGUUUUCAGCCUCUGCAAUGUGAGCAUUGUUUGCUUUUCUCCGUUUUAUAUUAUUGUGAAUUUGAUACCUUUGGGUUCUGAGUGUUGGUCGCACAAAACAAACAAUCCAAAGAUGUCACUUUGGACUCUGAGAACUUGACGUACAACCCAACCCUACAAUGUUUAAAUGUGUACAUAGGUAAUUUUACACUGAAAGAGUCAGAAAAACUUCAAUUCUAACCAUGUACAGCCCAGUUUUGUUUACCUGCAAAUUUCCAUGAUUACUCCAAUAAUCUAAUGGGACUUUUCCAAAAGGAUUGCCUUCUAAUAGCCAAUGAUUAAGUGGAUUUUUCAGUGAAAAUAUUGCCAUCAAAAGACAGAAGCAUUACAUUAAAUGUCUUCUAUUUUUUUGUGGCAAUAUCUUUAAUUAUGCAAAUUGCACCUCUUUAAAUGUGGGUGAUUUAAUGCAAGUGUUAAUUUGUAAAUGGAAACUUUAUUGUACUGUCUAUAUGCUGCUUGAAUACUUCCCAACAAUCAUUAAUAAUAAUAAAUGCACAUAGUUCACUUUUACUACAGCAAUAAUCAAAGCAAUAAUUGUUCUGUAUACUGUAUGGCUGGUGUUAUAUCAGGUAUUCUAACGUGUUUACCACUAAACUGUGAUAUAGUUGUAACUUCGAUGCUGCUUUUAUCUCGUGGGACUCCGUGCAUGCAAGAUUGUCCCAUUGUUGUUCUAUGAAUGUGCCUUUUAAACAUGACUUUUUCUAUUAAUGUGUUGUAAUGCAUCAAAAGGUGUGUCUUUGCAGGCCACUAUUUUCUUUGUUUCACUACAACCUUAACUGAAUCAAUUACAGAACAUUGAGUAUUUCUCAAAUUUAUGCUGUCAAAUUUCCUUUCACGUGAUCAGUGUAGAUUAUUGUCUCUAUAUCACAGAUUAUAUCUUAAUAUGCAAUAUUCUGAAGAUGAUAUUCUUGAAUGUUAUUAAGAUGGAGUUGGUUACCAAAUAAACAAAUCUUCUAAUUCACUGAAA